CCAGACCAGGUUGCUGGAGUAAAGGAGAGGAGGGACAGCAUCAGAAGAGGAUUUGAUAAUUACACUGGGAGGGUGACAUUAAAAACAAACCAAAGCAGAUUUAGGAAUCCUUUGAAAGCCUUGUCUGCUAAGAAGGACGACUAAAACAGCGGAAGGAAGAGAGGGAGGCAGAAAGGAACUGCAAAAUCUGCUCUGACAAUUCAAGACGUUUCAUAAGAUUUUAAUAUUAAUAUGAAGCUUUUCUUAGGAUUCCUGGCUGUAUACCUUUUUCUGGUGCAUGCUUCCCUGGGGGAGCACUCUAUUCCAAAAUUUGUUUGCACCCCAAUGCCUUUAGAUAUGGACUGCCAUUCAAACACGCAACGUCACAGUAGCAGUGGGCAUUGGAUGGGCAUGCAAGAGGAAUCUAAAGAAACUAUCCUGCAUCUUCGUGAGACAGUGGUACACCAAAAGGAGACUAUCUUGGAUCAGAGGGAGACGAUUAGGGAACUGACUGUAAAAGUGAGCCGAUGUGAAGGCUACCCUCUUGGUAGGGGACAUGAAGAGAGUUAUGGUCAUUCUUUGGAGCAUGGACGUGAUAGGGAUCAUGGGUAUGAAGACAGCUAUGGGCAUGAUAAAGAUCAUGGACAGAAAAGGGAACAUGGACAUGAGUGGGAAGAAGGUCAUGACAGAGACCAUGGCCAUGAAAGAGAUCAUGGGCAUGACAGGGAUCACGGGCAUGACAGGGAUCAAGGGCAUGACAGGGACCAUGGGCAUGAGAAAGAGUUAGAGUUGGGACACAAAAGAGAGCAUGGGCAUGAAUGGGAAGAAAGACAUGACAGGGACUAUGGGCAUGAACGAGAGGCUAGCCAUGAGAGGGAUCAUCUUCAUGGCCAUGAGGAUGUUCAUGGUCAUGGUAGAGAUCAUGAGUACCAUCAUCUCACCCACCGUGAGUUUCGUGAGCAACCAGCAUAUGAUUCCUACCGCAAGGCCAGUGGUCUACCAAACACUAUGGACGAUCCUCCACAAGUAACACCACCAAGUAUUCAACGAAUGGAGAGAAUGCUGGAGUCUUUAAAGGAAAGACUGGAACAUCUACAGGUCAACAGGAACUCUUCAUUAUUCUCAACAUCUCUCAGAGACACACUACAGAAAAAGAUCAGCAUCUUGGAACACCAAAUCCUUGAGAAGCACAAUAAUACUGAGCAUCAUGACAAAGAACAUGAGCAGACCCAUGAAGACCCAGUAAGACAUAAUCUGGAUUCCACCAUAUCAGGAAUUGAGAAAGGAAUUAAAUCGGAUAAGCAGUUGAAUGAUUUUAGGGUCAGUUUUCCACUCAGAACAAGCUACAUGUACACCAAGGUGAAAAGGACCCUACAUCAUGACAUUUUUGCCUUUACCAUCUGCUUGUGGCUGAAAUCAAAUUCAUCUCCUGGAGUUGGAACACCCUUCUCAUACUCUGUUCCUGGUCAGGCCAAUGAGGUGGUGCUGAUUGAAUGGGGGAACAAUCCCAUGGAAUUGCUAAUUAAUGACAAGGCUACUACUCUUCCACUUGCAAUAAAUGAUGCAAAAUGGCACCAUAUUUGCAUCACUUGGUCAAGCAGAGAUGGAAUUUGGGAGGCUUUUCUGGAUGGUGUGAAGAGGGGAACUGGUGAGAACCUUGCAGCCUGGCACACCGUUAAACCUGGCGGAGUCUUCAUCCUUGGACAGGAACAGGACACAUUGGGAGGAAGAUUUGAUGCCACACAGGCAUUUGUGGGUGAGAUUUCUGACUUUAACAUGUGGAGUGACAUCAUGACACCUGGUGACAUCUUCAAGUUGGCCAGCUGCUCAUCUCACGCCACUGGUGAUGUCAUAGAAUGGGCAGAGUCUUCCAUGGAGCUCCAUGGGGGUGUGACUAAACUUCCAUUUAACACUUGCCAUUGACAUGAGGAGUCCCUCCAGCAGCAGCAUUCUCUCUUCCAGAACCCCAACAUGAAAUGGGCUCCCGACACCACCCCAAAGGCUACUGCUUUUGCCGGAGCAGACCAGCUUUCUGUGUCGCCAUUUUUCUUACAUUUUUAUGUCUAUAUUCAAUUUAUAAUGCAUUGUUGGAUUUAAUGCACUUUUAUUUGAGUGGGAAGAAUAGUCAUUGCUUUACUACAUGAUAAAUCCAGGGUCUGGUAUCUCAAUUUCCAAAAAUCCUUGAAGUAAAACCAGGUGUAUGAAGAAUGCAACCCAAGACAGGGCCCAUAAAUUUGACUUGUUUCUGUGCACGGAUAAAGACUUGUAGACUGUAGAAUGCUGGUCACUCUACCCAGGUUAAGAAGAUGGGUUUUCAAAUGGGUACACUAGUUUGGGUUACUACACUACUCAGGAUUCUUAAAUUGAUACAAUAUUCAAUUCACAGUCAAUUUCGAUUUAACAUAUUUUUGCAUUCCCCAAAAAUUGUCUAACGUCUUCCAUGUAAUGGGCAUGUUUUAAUAAAGAGAUGAUAUUUCAAAAUGAAGUCAAUGCAACCCUUGUAGGAAUGGACUGGACUACCAGAAGAUCUCCAAGUGGACCCUAACCCCAGUGGGCCCCAGCCAAGGACAAUUUCCAAUGACCCUUUCUUAUUUCUACCAUAGGUAUACAAAACACAUAUUACACUGUCUUUAUUAAUUGGUGUGAGAGUGGACCCUCAAUGGCAGUUUUUUUAUGGUGGGCCCAAGGAGGCCCAAUCCAACACAAAACCCUUGUAAAUUUCAAGGGCCAUAACAAUGUCUUUCAUGGGCCAUAACAAUGCCGAUCUGCUGAUGUCCCAAAGCCACAAAAAGACUCAAAUUGACGAAAAGAGCCGAUCUCGAUACCCUGAAGCCGCAAAAUAACCCGAAGUGACGAAAAGAGCGGAACCUGAAAUCCUGAAGCCACGAGUUCAGUUCUACUGAACACCAAUGUGUGUGUUUUUGUUUUUUUUUAAAGCCCUAGCCACCAAUAUAUUAUUUUAAUACUUUACAGGCCCCUGCCACCAAUUUUUUUAAAAAAUAUUUUUUAGGGCCUUUAGGGUGGUUACCUUUUUUAGCCCUGAUGUCUGUGUGGUCUUUUAACUGUGGGGUGGGCGGGAUCAGGGGAUUGUACGAGGCCCCAUGAUUUCUAAUGGCGACUCUGUGUUCAUCUGACCAAAAAAGCAUGUGGGUGAUUCCCAUGGACAAUUUGAAUUUUUUGUAUAUGACAAAUCUCUAAGCUGCUUUUUACACAGCUUUAUAAAUAUUCUCCUAGGUGUUGAACUGCAGCUCCCUCCAUCCUUGUUCACGGAGUUGUAGGAAUUCAAACUGAAUGCCACUGAUUAAGCGACUGUAAAUAUUUGGUGUGGUUUACAUAGUUCAUGUAGUGCCUAUAAUCCUUGUUCUCUUCUGUCUUUAUACAAUUUAAUUUGCUAUAUUUGUGAUUUUCUGGGGUUUGAUACAGAACAUUGAUUUCAUAGCAUCUGACAGUGAUAUAAGUCGACUGCAAAUGCCGCAAAGUGGAGGCUCCUACCCAUUUGUACAUACUGACUAUCCUAUUAUCUGUGUGGAUUUUGCUUUACUCUGUGUCUUCUUUGUACUUUAGUAACUUGUAUUAAUGUUUUUGCAGAAUGCAUAUAAAUUGCUACUUUCUUGCACUUUC